AAACAUCAGUACAACCGCGACUACGCUUGCAAUCACACGUGCCAGUCUGCAAAGCGCUUUACGUUUCAAAAAUGUUUACAUUAAAAUAUAGAUCCAUCACAUCAAUAUUACUAGUACUGUUUGUGAUCAAGGCGUACUGUAGUGUAUCGUUUGCGAAUCAGAUUGAAUUGAUGCAAAUCUACCGAUACGAUGACUAUGAAGAAUGUCGUCGAACGUAUAGUGAUUUUGUGUACUGUAAUGCGAUAUCUCAGAUUGUUCCUGCUUUUGAUUCCAAAAUAUGGACCAGUAUUCAGGAAUAUUCUACACAUCCACGUCAUUUCGAUCGCAGAGCGAUUGAAACUGGAACGUGUCUUCAAGAAUGUCGACGUACAAUGCAAAGUGUAGAACACAAUCUAUUAACAGAACUGCAUGAGUGUGUAGAGACUAAAAUUUGGUCGCAAUAUGAACUAAAUUCAUCGAUCAAUGUUUUAAACUGUAUAACUGCAGAAGAAUUGAACGACACCAGCGAAACAUCAGGAGUUGCCAGGCUUGCAUUUCUAUUCAUUUCAAUAGGAAUAAUAAUGCUGGUGAUUUUUGCAACAGUUUACGACGGUUUGAAUACAAAUGAUCCAACAGAGACGCGUAGUUUGGCCACAACAAAAUUAAUCCAGUCCUUUUCGAUUUCUCGAAAUCUUUCUACGCUAAUAGACAGAGAAACAAAAUCUGGAAUGAAUCUCCGCCAUCUUGAUGGAAUACGUGCUCUAACAAUGAUAAUCAUUUUAUUAACCCAUUCCUCAAUACCUUUAAUAAGGAUGCCGCUAAAAAAUGCAAAUGAUUUGGAAGCGCAGUUCAAUCAACCAUGGUUUCCGAUCGCAAUGGCAGGCAAUACGUAUACGGUACAGCUUUUUUUCGUAAUUGGUGGUUUACUAUUAGCAGUAAACAUACUUGAGCAAACGAAAAAUUGUAAAAGGAUUGGAGUAGCAUAUUUCUUCGAGCGUGUGAAAAUUCGUUUAAUCAGAAUACUUCCACUGUAUAUAUUUGUGAUCUUAUUUCAUGCCUCAUGGUAUCCUCGGAUGAAAGAAGGUCUAAUAGGCAAUCGUUUUCGCGAUUAUUGCACUAUAAACUGGUGGACAAAUGUGUUUUUCAUAAACAACUACAUUAACCCAAGCGAACCGUGUAUUCAGUUUUCCUGGUAUUUAGGUGCAGAUUUUCAGCUGUACCUACUUGGUACAAUACUGAUGUUGCUCAUGCGGAUUCCAAGAUUAUUCAAACCAAUUGUAAUAUGCAUGACGAUUACUGCCUUUGUUGUGCCGAUUGGCAUCAUCUAUCGAUAUCAUCUAGAUGCUACAGUAAUGAUGAUUUUAAGACAUGUUCUGCAAGAAAUUCGAACUUUACCUUACUAUUUACAUGUUUACAUUCCGUCGGAGACCAAUGCUGGUAACUAUUUCUUCGGUAUGCUUGCAGGGAUUACGUAUUACCACCUAAAAGAUAACCCAAACGCGAAGAGUAUUUUAAAGCUAAACUUCAUUUUGCCAGCUUCUGCUUUUAUGUUCAUUUUAUUGAACAGUCUCACAAUCAUGCUGCCUUCAGAUCACAUAAACCAACCUUCACUUUCCUUGGCUAUAUACGGAUCAUUGUUGAAAAGUGCAUGGGGUAUAUUUCCGUCUGUACUGUUGGUUUAUUUGGCUUUCCAGGAAAAGCAUUCCUUAUUAGUAAAUUUCCUGCAACAUCCUAUAUUAUUAGUUGGAUCUAAACUGAGCUAUAGCAUAUACCUUGUACAAUAUGGUAUAAUUUAUGCUGUAUAUAAACACAUAACAUAUCCGUUAGUGUACGAAAGUUUUACAAUUAUUCUCUUUACAGCUGCCAUAGUUAACAUUACAUUUUGUGUAGCGUUUAUGUUACAUUUAUUUAUUGAGCUCCCAUUCAACUUGUUUCUUAAACAAAUAACGAGAAACGAAACAGCAAAAAAGUAAAAAAAAGAAUCAAAAUGUGUAAACGUUUCAUCUUUCACAAAAGCUUCUGAUGACGCGAUUGUAGAAAAAGUAUGAUCGCGUCUUAGUUACUUCUAUUUAUCCUUUCACCGAUAGUACGGAGGGAGGAGCUACCUUCCACAUAAGCACUACCAGGCGGAUUUGCUGCCUUUUUAUCCCCGAUUUUUAUCCAGUUUUCGAGUAAAAAGUUAAGAUGUUAAUCACUGUACUAAGUGAAGAAUAUACUAAGAGGUUAGAAUAUACAACCAACAGGCAAGUUGUUAGAGCGAAGCCUAAGCGCGUUUCA